AUACACAAUAUCAACUCGAACUCGAAAGAACAACCAAAAAGGAGCUUUAAUCUUGCACUUUAUCGAUAUACUGAAUAAUGCAAAAUGUGAGGUAAAAUAAAGGGAGAAUAUUAGCGAACGCGAUCCAAGGAAACAAGGGCAGAUAGAGAGUACCAGUGAACCAGUGAGCGAUCGAGCGGGAGAGAGAGAGAGCAAGCGAGAGAUGGGGUCUGGUAGAGGGAGUGUGAUAGAGCGAUGUGUAGGAAAUAAGGUUUUUCCACUAGGAAAAUGGUAAUAUUUAACGAUUAGUACACCAUUUGCCCCAGCGCUUAACACUGGAGCAGUACGUAUCAAUACGUGUUAUCGAACUUCGGCCACACAUACAGACACACACACACAUACACACCCUUCCUCUCCAACGCUCUUUCUGUCUACCUCCUGUUAAACUUUCUGUUUCUAUCCCGCUCACGUUCUCAAUGCGUAGCGAUUGAGUACACGCCAGGUAUGCGCACUCGGUAAAACAAUCUCACCUCGAGCAUCGGGCAUAUAAGCAUAAAUAUACAUAAAUAUAUAUACAGAUAUACAUAUACAUAUAUAGAACCAUAUACAUACGAUAUACAAAUAGCAAUCCUACAUUUGGUCGGCUCUCGCCGCUGGUUCUAAAAUGGGCAUACUGAACUGGGUCGACCAUCUUGGCACCGAACCAUGUUCAUGGGGAAGGAAUGCUACCCUUUUUGCGCGAACUCAAACUGCAAGGCACGCCUGCUCCGAUGAUGCAAGCCACGCCAUCUGUGUUUACUGACAUAGAAGUCUUUCGCUCCGAGUAGAGGAAAUGCGUUUCUGUUUGUGUGCGUGUGUGUGUGUGUGUGUGUGUGUGUGUGUGUCGUGUUUGUGUGCUCGGGCGCGCUAGUGUUUAACAUGGGUGACAUCAUGGAAGAAAUCUAUUUAUGUUAUUGAUGUAAUAGGGGUCGUGAAACGAAGAAACGAGCUACAAGGUUAAUUGGCAAGCAGAACACUUACAAAUUUGGCACAAUCACACACACACACGUUCACAAACACACACACACACGUUCACAAACACACACACACACACAUACACUGGGGCAUACACACUGAAGAAUGAAAUAAGAACCCCUGCCUGUGAUCGGGCUUAGAAGCAAAUAUAUAUAUAUAAAGUGGUUCUGCUGCAAACUCAUAUUUAAUCCUAGCAGCCGACGAACGAAAUGGCGUGAAAAAUGGGAAAACUCUCUUCAUUCACCUCUCGUCGUAACCGUAAGCUCAUCCACCAAGCAUUGAAGAAAAGCAAUUUAUUCACCAGAUAUAUAUACAUUAACAUUAAUACAAACCAACAACCAUACAAAAGGGCAAGCCACUCACUCACGUACACUUACUAACACUCACAGCAAAAUAAUUCUUUACAAUACGUGUAUGAAAAACAAAUUUUCUCUCUUUUAGUCGCUUAGAUUGUAGCGGGUGCGGGUGCGGGUGUGGACUGUGCUGUUGGGCAGACAAAUGAGCAGUUCUGCCCGGCUAGGAAAGGUGAAAGGCGCGCAUCAUAUCAAAGUGUAUCGUCGUCGCAAUAGGUCGCACCGAAGAACGGGAAGCUCACAGUGCAAAGUGCUCAUGCGAACGUUAUGCUCACCAAGCAGCAGCAGCAGCAGAACCCCUUGAUGGGAGUAAUGGGAUGCGUUCGGGAGACAUAAAAAUGACAAUCGUAACUAAACGUAAUGUAGGCACAGACAGAAUAGGCAAGUUUGGGAGGCAGGGACAGUGAAAGAGAGAUGGAGAGAUUGGGAAUGAGCAACAAACGGAACCUAGAACAAACUCUUAGCUUGUAUGAGCACGUUAAAGCCGUAAGAAAAUACCAACUUUAAACAUUAAGAGAUAGAUUUGGCAGAGGUUGGUGCACCGGUUGGUUUGCCGAUUGGCAACUGGUAGUGGGCCCAACCUUGCCAUCCCGCGAAAGCCGAUCCUCGUGCCGCCCGCACGAACGGUGUGAUGCUGUGAGGUGAAGCAGCAUUCUGUCAAACCCCUCCCCUAGUCUGUAAACAUUCCAGUUCGGUGGUGGUCGAAAUCGCAAAGGCAAUGGCGCGGAAAUGGCUGGAAAGGAAAAUAUGGAAUUGACCUCACCGACCUAGAGCUAUCUGGUGGCGCAUAGCCAACCCAAGAAGCUACUCUUGCCAGAAAGGAAGAACGGGAGAAACAACAAUCUGAUUUUAAAAUAAAGCGCUUUAGCGCCUGGUUCUGAUAUUGUUUCGGUCGCAAGGUUUUUGGUGCAGUUGGAAGGCAAAGACUUACAUAUAUGGUGAGCCACAAUCGAUCGAAUCGUCUAUUGCUGGUACAAUCCAAAUUGAUACUCUACACACCGUUCUUACUAGGGUGUAAUUGUUUAUUUAAUUUUAAUAAAAGUUGCAACAUGCAGAGAAAGAGAGACAGAGAGCGUGAGAGAGGGGAGGAGAGAGAGAGAUAGCGAGAGAAAGAGAACGAGAACGAGAAAGAUAUAUACAUGUAUUUUAGCGAAUUGUUUUUCGAGACCGGACGUUGCAGAAAGAAGGAAAGCCCUUGUUUAAUGCUGAUAGUUGGAAUCUCUUUAUAGUGGCUUGUCUUCUGUGAUUUCUAGAUGCUUUUCAAUGAAACGUUUAACCGCGAGCACAGCAGUCGUUAUUAUAUUUUAAUGUUGUACUAUUACUAUUACUAACGCUACUGUUACUACCAUUACUACUCAUACAUCAGCACUGUUAUUCUCUGAUCGCCGUGUUAUGUUAUGGUAGUUAACCAUGGGCACGGGCAUGGUUGUGGUCGGGUGUGUUGUUAUACUUUUUUAAAAUUUAUUCUUUCCUACCUACUGGCACUCGCGAACGUAGCGGUAAUGCAACUGUAAUGCGUGGACGGUCAAACAAUCAGCGUCGGAUUCCGAUAACAUGAUCGCGCACACCUCACGCGACCGAUCAUCUCACUAAUACAUAGCAACACUUUGGAAAAACAGCAUUUCUUUCUCCCUCGAGGUCAGUGAACUAGUUAAGAACGAUUUCGAUACAGCAUACAACACCGCAGAUAGUUUAAUCAUUAGCUGUAAAGCAAACAGGAAACUAACGUAGUAGAAUCAUCUGGUCAACAGCAAUUAUUGUAAUAGCACUUCUAGCGGAGCGGCGGGUGAACGGGAAAACAUUGUCUUAUCACAAGCACCGGAAAACAGGAAAACUUUUACCCUUUUGAAAGCUAGCAGCACGGCGGUAGUAGAGAAGCGAGCGGCGCUUUAGAGUGCGACUUAUACAAACCCAUCUCGUUGUGAAACCCACCGUGGUUUAUUUUUUGUGUUAGCUUCGAUUCGAAGGUAAGUAGCCGUGUAGGAACCCCCUUCUAGUAAGUCACUAUACAAACAGACACACAAUCUCUUUCUCCUCUCUCUCGCUCUCUACCCCCUUAACCUCCCUGUAAUUUAAAGGUUUCUCUCGAAAUGUAUCUCAGAAUUUCCCGAAUUAUCCGGCAAAUCGGAAUUUAUAUUUCUUUCUGCUCGUAGAAAUGAUCGAUUAUUAGUCCCUGAUUAGUGGAGGGCCUAGCAUUAUACUGUAGGUCGAGUUUACAAACAAGUUUUACAUCGGUUCACAUCAUGUCAUGUCCCACCUUCUUCCCACCAACCGGCACAGGACACUCUGCUCGCUCGAACGGAAAGGGGAGAUUAGUGACGGAGGCAAGCAAGUAACACAAUCUUAAACGGAAAAUUAACACAAGUAAAAUAUAAACAAAAGGACAAAUAAUUAAAAAAAACAAACAGAAGAACAACAAACAGAGUAGAAAAGAGAAGUGAAAAAUAAAGAUAAACAACAAAAUGGUGCGCGAGUGCGUGUGAGUGUACGCGUAUACCGCUGUAAAGAAAAUGUAUAAACAAAUAUAAUGGUGAAGGUGUGUCCGAAACUCGCCUAAUGAAAGCAAACAAGGUCAACCUGGAAACCAUAACUUAACCAAGUGACAGGAAAAAGCGGAAGGGGCGGCAGAUGGGAGGAAGCGUUGUGAAACGUUCGAGGACGAGGAGAGUGGUUGAGGCAAGAUACAAUUUCCAUUUCACCACUGCCUUAAUUUUUAACAAAUCUCUAUAACAAAGAAAAAAACAAAAGAAAAGCCCGUGGUUUGUGUCGAGAGGAACGGUAACAGCAUCCGUGAACAAAAAGAAAAAGAAAGACGCGCUUGAACACGUGUUACGUGGUAGACGUGGCCAAUGGCUGAAGGAAAUCGCAGAGCCGAAGGGUAAACGUAACGAAGAAGACAAGAAAUGAAACAACCUAAAAGUGAGAUGAACUAUAGAGUCAAACGUAAGAAUAUCAUAACAUAAAAAAAUGACAAAACAACUAAGAGGAGCAUAAGUUAUAAGGUAAAGAGAGAGAGAAGAAUAAAAGAGGGAGCGAGAGAGAGAGAGAGAGAGCGAAGGAGGCGCAGAGCAAGAAAGAGAAGGAGAAAGAGAGAAAAUGCGAUAAGGAAAGAAAAAUGGAAAAGGAGAAUAUUUAAUCGUUUUAUUGUAUUCUUUCGAAAGUCGUCGAUUCUUCCUCUAGCUAUUUUUCUCACGUCGAAUAGAUUGAAGAAAAUGGAAAUUAAUGGAAAAGAAAAGAAAACAAAAAAAUAUAGACGCAGGAUUUACAGUGAAGCAAAACACAGGUUGAGAAGGAAAGAUGUUUCCAUACUCAACUGAAAUACGAAGGAAGAAAAAGGAAGAAAAGAGAUACGAACAAUGAUGAACCAAACGGAAUUAGCUAGGACACGGUCACGGUCUUCGUAGGGUCAUUUUUCUCAAAUAAAAAUAAAGGAAAAGCGAAACUAAAAAAUUUCACCCAAUUACCAAAAGCAAAACCAUCUGAAUGUUGAUAUUGUAAGCCGAGACAAAACGAGGCAAGGAACACAUUUCGCAUCUCAAUCAAUCGCAGUGCGUUGAGCAUUGAACACAAGCAAACGUAAUGAAAAAAUGGAAACAAAACAACAAAAUUAACCUACACCAAACCUACUUUCUCACUUGAACACAUGAACUAGACCACACUGGGUGUCCAGCAGCUGGCACGUCGCUGGAAAGGAGAAAGAACAUGUACUUUCAUUUGGAGAUACUACCGUGAGACAGGGAGGGCUAGGAAAACGUAAACAGUAAACGUUUACCUGUUUCGAUAAUACAACCGAUCCGGUCUUAUUGUUGUGAUCGUAGUACUUUUACGCUGCACGUUUAAUGCCUACAAUCUUCCACGCCUUGUGGUUGCCACCCUGCCUAUCCCAAAAAAGGAUGACCAAGUAGGAGGGAGCAUGUGAGUGUGAGUACGGGCAGCGGCAGCAGCAGCAGCACUGCGGUGGAAGAUACUUUUUUCCAUUCCAUUCCUUGAUCACGCGCUCACACACUGGCACACUGAGGCUCGGCGAUCGACAGUAGAGGAAGGGGAUCCUUCUCAGAAGGGUCAAACCUGCCAGCAGAGCUAGCAAAGUUAGUGAAGGCAAACGAGACACGUUGCAAGAGACGAAGGCACGAGCAACUAUCAAGCAACAGAAGAUAUAAACAUAAUACAUACUACCAUUACUACAAAACAAAACAGCAAAAAUAUUGUUCUUUUAUCGGUAAUGCCCGCCAGCUGGAGCAGGGCCGUUCUCGGGGGGUUGUGGCGGGAUUUGACGGGAAAACACAACAGCUCUCUUGUGCAGGGAAAUCAGAAAAGCAAAAACGAUAAGCAAAUAACAGCAUACAACAUCAAUCAAAGUGACAGUGACACAGCAGCAGCAGCAGCAGAAAGAGACGCAAACGCGAACAACGCAUUCAAGGCGACACACAUUCAAAACAUAUAAAUGGGAUGUUUAUAUUUCACUUACUUUAGUUUGGUUAUCUCUUCAUUGACCACACCACGUCGAUGCCUUGCUUCCUUUCGGCCAUGAUGACAUUAUGCGCUCUGUUACAUGCAAUUGUA